AUGGCAGACUCAGAGCUGCCAGGAACCAGUGCAGUGCAAACGGCAGAAGCUGACAAUGCAGCACCGCGUCGACCCUCGCUGCUGCCCGCAUGGGAGCCCUUCUCAUCCUCACCGGGCCUGCCACGAGCGGCCAAGCGGAAAUUCGACGAUAUCCUAGACGAUAGAAAGUACUACCCUACUCCCGUACCGACCUCCUCGACCGGCAUCCUGCCCUCCUCACCUCCACCUCCACCGCCAGCGCGUCGGACGCGUCCUGGACUCCAACGCACGGUGUCCGCCCUCUCCGAACGCGCUCCUCUGGGCGACGUGCCUUCUCUCGACCUUCCUGCCAAUGGCGAGCCAUUGCUCAUGGGACGUUCGAGCAACUCUUCCGACUACCAACUCUCCGCCAACCGCAACAUUUCACGCGUCCAUGUACGCGCCUCAUAUCACGCACCGGACCUCGAACAUCCGGCUGGCAGGGUGGAAGUGGAGUGUCUGGGGUGGAACGGCGCGAAGGUACAUUGCAAGGGGAAGAUCGUGGAGUUGCCAAAGGGCGAGAUCUUCGAAUCAGACAGGCCGUUGGCGCAGAUCAUUGUCGACGUGCAGGAUACGCGUGUGAUGCUGCGGUGGCCGAAGGAGCCGUCACGCGAGCCGCCUUCGCUCGAGUCGAGAUCGCCAUGGGCGCUGGAGUCUCCUACGAAGCGCAGAACCAUCUCGGCACCGCAGUUCGCGUCCAGCCCGCCUGCCAUGCUGCCGCCGCCACGUCUUCAGUCGCCCAUCUCGCCCUCGCCCUUGCACGCCACCUUCACGUCAACGUUCCGCGCCGAUCAGGAAGAGGUCCAGGUGUAUGAAGAUCAUGAUUCCGAGGAGGACGCACCGCACGAUCCAACACCUGAGCUGCCUCCUCCAAGCUCCCCACCGGUCCCGCUGACCACAUCCGAGAGCAACCUGGCCAAAGCUUCUCUAUCAUCCGAUUCCGAGGAACUUUCAGAACACGACGAAGAGAACGACCCGAUCGUGCACUCCUUCGGACCGUUCGGUGAGAACAUCCUCUCACGAUUCCAGUCGUUCCAACCAGGCUCGCCGGAGAAGAAGCGUAAGCCGCUGAAGGCGUCCACCAACUCGCCAGUCCGUAGCACAUCCUACCCGAGGCCAAGCUCCAGCCCGAUCAAGAACCACGUCAUCAACCAGCUGGCCUACUCUCGGAUCCACGCACUACCUCUUUCCACCAUCCACAGCAACCUGCCAGCCGAGCUUCGUGGCGCAAAGGCCAAGCCGUCGGACACUGAGAACCGCAGUGUGCUUGCCGCAUCGGACCUCAAGACCAUCCUUGACGGCAUUCCAUGCGUUGGUGAGAUCAGCCGUGAGGGCAAGGACGCCGCUGGCAAGCUGCUGGAAAGCGAGUUCUACUACGUCCCGGAGAUGGAUCCUGAUGAGAUGCGUCGUGUGACGGUGACCCAGAGUCUCGGCAAGACCUCCAUUCGUGCUGCGAGGAAGCAGCAUAAGCAAUACUACUGGAAGCGUCCGCGUGUAUGA